CUACGACACACACAAACACACACACACGAGGCAAAUGGCGGCGUCUGGUCAGAUGGAGAGAAGCAGUCACAGUAUGGAUAAAAGCAUAAUUCUGCCUCCGGAUGAAAUUUUUCGAAAUCUCGAGAAUGCCAAGAGGUUCGCUAUAGACAUAGGAGGCUCUUUGACAAAACUUGCAUAUUAUUCUACAGUUCAACACAAAGUAGCCAAAGUACGGUCCUUUGACCACACUGGAAAGGAAGCUGUCGAUGAGCCCCUAUAUGAAAUUUCAGUACAAGAAGAAGUAACAGCUCGUCUACAUUUUAUUAAAUUUGAGAAUGCCUAUAUUGAAACCUGUUUGGAUUUCAUUAAAGACCAUCUUGUCAAUACGGAAACGAAGGUCAUCAAGGCUACUGGGGGCGGGGCAUAUAAAUUCAAAGAUCUUAUUGAAAAGAAGCUUCGGCUGAAAGUUGACAAAGAGGAUGAAAUGUCCUGUCUCAUCAAAGGAUGCAACUUUGUUUUAAAGAAUAUACCCCAUGAGGCCUUUGUAUAUGUGAAGCAUGCAGAUCCUGAAUUUCGUUUUCAAACUACACAACCAGACAUUUUUCCUUAUCUUCUUGUUAAUAUUGGUUCUGGAGUGUCCAUUGUAAAGGUUGAAUCGGAAGACAAAUUUGAACGAAUUGGAGGAAGCUCAAUUGGGGGAGGCACUUUUUGGGGACUUGGAGCUUUACUCACAAAUACUAAGAGGUUUGAUGAGCUUCUACAGCUAGCCUCCCGGGGGCAGCAUGCCAGUGUUGAUAUGCUGGUGAAAGACAUCUAUGGUGGUGGAUAUAGCUGUCUUGGCUUAACAGGUGACCUCAUUGCUAGCAGUUUUGGCAAGUCAGCCACAGAAGACAGAGAGUUCUCCAAGGCAGACAUGGCCAAGAGUCUGCUGCAUAUGAUCAGUAAUGACAUCGGCCAGCUUGCUUGCCUGUAUGCCAAGCUGCACAACCUGAGCAGAGUAUAUUUUGGGGGCUUCUUCAUCCGGGGACACCCAGUGACGAUGCACACCAUCACGUACAGCAUAAAUUUUUUCACUAAGGGUGAGGUGCAGGCACUAUUUCUGAGACAUGAAGGUUAUUUGGGAGCAAUAGGGGCAUUCUUAAAAGGAGCAGAGGAGGACACAGAUCCUAACCAGUAUAGCUGGGGAGAAAAUUAUGCUGGCAGCUCUGGGUUGAUGAGUGUUUCUCCUGAACUCUACCCCAUGCAGCGAACCCGUAGUGGAACGUUUGACAUGUUAGAAAUGGAUAGACUUGACCGUCAACUGGUUAACCUUCCACUGUUGCUUGACGCUUCUUCAUAUAUUCCUGAUACGGUGGACCUAACUGAAGAUGCAAUGGCCCGUGAAUACUGGCUCUCUUGUUUCGAGGAAGCACUGGAUGGGGUGGUGAGUCGUGCAGUUGCCAGCCAGCCAGACCUUACAGAUGCCAAGGAAAGAGCUGAGAAAUUCAGCCAGAAAUAUCAACACAAAUUGAAGACACUGCGGCAACAGCCCUUUGCUUAUGGGUCUUUAACGGUGCGGAGCCUUCUAGACACAAGGGAGCAUUGCCUCAAUGAGUUCAACUUUCCUGACCCCUAUUCAAAGAUAAAGCAGAUGGAGAAUGACUGGGCAUUGAAGUUCUUUCAUAAAGUGGUAAAGUCCCUUGAGAGUCUAAACUGGGAUGAAAGGCAGUUCUCACUGGUCAAGGGGUUGCUGGCUGGUAAUGUGUUCGAUUGGGGUGCCAAGGCAGUGUCAGAUAUUCUGGUGACAGAUCCAGAUUUUGGAUUUGAGGAGGCAAAGCGACAGCUUCAAGAGCGCCCAUGGCUGAUAGACACAUAUAACAAAUGGAUUGAGCGAUUAAAGGGUCCACCUCACAAAUGUGCCUUAUUUUUUGUUGAUAAUAGUGGCAUAGACAUAAUUCUUGGAGUUUUUCCCCUUGUCAGGGAGCUUCUCUGCAGGGGCACAGAGGUUAUAUUGGCUAGUAAUUCUGGACCAGCUCUGAAUGAUGUUACUUACAGUGAACUGCAGAUACUAACAGAAAGGAUAGCAGCAAUGGAUUCUGUGAUUCAAUCUGGGGUCCAGAAGGAGCAGUUAAUCUUGGUUCAAAGUGGAUCAAGUUCCCCCUGCUUAGACUUGAGCCGGCUGGACAAAGGCUUAGCCACUGUUGUGCGUGAAAGACACACUGACCUGGUCAUCAUUGAAGGCAUGGGUCGUGCUAUUCAUACCAACUUCUAUGCUGCUCUGAGCUGUGAAAGCCUUAAACUGGCUGUCAUCAAGAACUCCUGGCUAGCUGACCGGUUUGGAGGCAAGAUCUUCAGUGUAGUCUUCAAAUAUGAGCAACCAUCUAAAUGAGAUCAUCUAUAUUUCAGCACAUAGUCCUUUUUUUUGUUUGUUUUUGGAGCUUAGGGUGGUCGUAUGGUCAUGCUCAAUAUGUGGUUUCACUCUAGACGGUACAGCACUCUGCCAGAAAGUAGGGAUCAUUACAUUUGAACAUGUGGCCAUGCAGGAAUAGUUUAGGCCAAGUGGGUUGAGAAUGGUGCAUGAUCUGUUAAACACCAAAAAUCAUUGCUUACCUCUAUAUGCUGAGAUCAUUUAAUUGUAAUUUUAUUGUCUUAAACUCCGCCCAGAAGCAUUUGCUGCCAGUUUUUUUAUUUAUGCAUAAUGAUUUGCUAAAUGCCAUCAUUGCAGAGCAGUGAUGAAACUUUGGCAUUUAAAUUGGAUAUAGUUGUUUUGUUUUUUUUAAAGCAAUAUUUUUAACUGGGGUGCUGCCAAAGUGUGCAGAAUGGCCAUUAAUGAAUGCUGGAAUAACUAUAAUAAUCCAGAGCAGUCAAGUCAUAUGAACAUAGUUGUCAGGUUUUCCAGCUGAUGUGCUACUACAACUGUCUGGACUGGCCACUCAAGCUUAAGGUGCAGUUUGAAAGCAUGACAGGGACAAGACAGCCUUUCCAGAAUGAAGUCCAUUAACCCAAACCAAGCCCAUGUGUUUCAUUUUUACUUUAAACACAUUUAUUUUAGGGAUUUGGAAUUUAGUUCAGUCAGUGAUCUCUGUCUACAGUCCUUGUGGAUUGUGAAGCUGUCCGAGUCGAUUUUCCUGAACUCUUACUGUCUGUGACUUUGUCAGUGAGUUUCAAGUGCAGCUGAGCUGAGUGGUCUGUUUUUGUACUCAGGGCUAUGGAUCUCUCCAGCACAAGGUCUUGAUUUUAUUUUAAUCACUCAGGGUCCAGUCAUAGAAUAUUAUGGCUCGUUUCUUCUUCUAACUUAAGUUUAUCUGAAACAUCAUGAUUCAUUUCAUGACUGAACAUAUUUGAUGUGCUAGUAUUCUUUUACUUAUUUAAAAUUAAAUGCUUUUGAUGGAAGGCACCCUCCCAAAUAAAUAUAUUGCGACCUUUAUGAUAAAAUUUUUUUGAUAAAAAAUUAUUUAUAUCAGUAAAUGAGUGCUCAGCAGACUGUUUACCCCCUUUGCACUUGAUUCAGACCCUUGCAUAGAAUAAUAAAUUAAGUAUGAAUCACACACUGAUUUUCAUCCUGGACAAUUUAAACUUGUUUGUCUGAGGAAUGCAGCAAGGGUGGCAUAAUCACGGUGAGGGUGUGCACAUUAGACAGCAGUCAGACGUUUGACAUUCGAGCAAACAGGAAAGUCAGUCCUGGGGUUGAAUGACAACACUUUCUGAAACCAACUGGCAGCAAUAGCUUAAAAUGUUAAACAAUCACAGCCUAUCUUUUUGCUUUUGCUGACAGAAUGGAUUUGUUUUUUCAUCAUAUAUAAUUAUGUAUUUUUAUAAUAAAAAUAAGCACUUUAACUUGAGCUAAAUUCACUACUCUGUGUCACAUCCAGUUUCCAUACAGGAGCUUUGUGUUUAUUUUUUUUCUUUGUCUGAUCUGUUAAUGACACUUGGAAAAUGUGACAGUUUUUGAAAUGAUUAUUUUAUUACAAGCUUGAAGAUAAGGAAUAAUGAGGGCUUAUUUUUGGUUGUGCUUUACUGAGUGUGAUUUGGCUCAAAAAAAAAUUAUGUACAUUUGCUUUCUUUGUGAGCAAAGCAAUAACAUUUUUAUUUGGUGUUGAAAAUAAGAUGCAUGUGUCCAUGUCUUGAAUGUGAACACAUGCUUACUUUGUGUGUGCACAUUAUGUGUGUGUGUGCGUGUGUGUGUGUAUUAUAUAUAUGUAUGUAUGUAUGUGUGUGUGUGUGUGUGUGCGUGUGUAUGUGUAUAUACACACACACUUGUAUAUGCUGUACAUUAAUAGUUUUCAUUUAUUUUGAGAUGUUUCUCAAAGUUUAUCUCAUGGUGUCUAAAAUAAAUAAGUGAUUUUUAACAUGUAUUAAAUGUUAAAUAUACUGUAUUUUUAAAUGUGAUAA